GAUUCUAACACCAUGCCAAUUGUUAUGUGCCAACUAUAGGCUUAAUCAUUAGAGAUUAUUCUCAUAAAUAUAUUAGGCCUGUUACACCUCCUGUGAGUGAUCUCAUGGUACACCUGUUUGAUUAUUUAUUGGACAAAACUGUACCCAAAAGUGGCAUAUCGCGAAAGAGCGAAUUGACAGAGUAGCGCGCAUCUUGUUACUGACAUCAGAGAGAGAGAGAAGGCAGACCGGUCCCUUCUUGCAGGCGACAGAUGCAGCCUCUCCCACCUCGCCAGUCUCUUGCAUCCAUUCCUACGCUGAACGCGUCACUGCCAGUAAAAGCGUUUGUUUGAUAUGUGGAACAGGCAAAUCAGGGCAGAAGAAUGAAAAUGCUUCGGUUUCGUAGUCCAAGCCUCCGCUCUCUGGAUCAAGAGAUCCAGGUCACGAUUCGGUUACUGGAUGACUCGGAGAUCUCGUGCAGCAUCCAGAGAGAAACCAAGGGCCAGUUCCUGGUGGAUCAUGUGUGUAACCAUUACAGCCUCCUGGAGAAGGACUACUUUGGCAUCAGAUAUGUCGACCCAGAGAAACAGAGGCACUGGCUGGAGCCCAAUAAACCCAUAGUGAAGCAGAUGAAGUCUCAGCAGCCCUACACAAUGUGCUUCCGGGUCAAAUUCUACCCUCACGAGCCAAUGAAGAUCAAAGAGGAGCUCACCAGGUAUCUACUCUAUCUGCAGCUGAAGAGGGACGUCUACCACGGUCGUCUCUUGUGCCCCUUCGCUGACGCAGCCUACCUGGGGGCCUGUAUCGUACAGGCUGAACUAGGGGACUAUGACCAAGACGAACACCCGCCAGACUACAUCCAAGACUUCAAACUGUUCCCCAAGCAGUCGCUUAAACUGGAGAGGAAGAUCAUCGAUAUUCACAAGAACGAGCUAAGGGGGCAGUGUUCUGCUCUGGCCGAGCUUCAUCUCCUCCAGAGGGCACACAACCUGGAGACAUACGGAGUGGACCCUCACCCCUGCAAGGACUUCACAGGAUCCACAGCCUUCCUGGGAUUUACUGCCACGGGGUUUGUGGUGUUCCAGGGAAACAAGAGAAUCCACCUGCUCAAAUGGGCUGAUGUCAACAAACUGAAGUUUGAGGGGAAAACAUUCUAUGUCAUUGGAAUUCAGAAAGAGAUCUCUCUCACGGGCAGGAUGCACUGUAACAUGAAGAAACUGGUGCUGACGUUCCACACCUCUACCCCAGCAGCGUGUAAACAUUUGUGGAAGUGUGGGGUGGAGAACCAAGCAUUUUACAAAUGUGCAAAGUCAAGCCAGAUCAAGACUGUGUCCAGCAGUAAUAUUUUCUUCAAGGGAAGCAGGUUUCGGUACAGUGGAAGAGUUGCAAAAGAAGUCAUCGAAGCCAGCUCCAAGAUCCAGAGAGAGCCACCGGAGGUGCAUAGGUUACACUUUGGGCAGAGCAGAAGCUUCAACUCACUGAGCCACAAAAACCUGAUCAUAAACAUGGAGCCUCUUGUCCCAGCACUGCCCUCCACCAAUGAGUAUGAAGAGACCUCGGCAGACAAUGGACUACUGGCUCUGAAGGACUCUGUUCACUUGUCUCCCCUGAAGCCAUCUACCACCCCCACGGAACGAGAGCUAGAGUGGCUGGAGGGCUCUGCUCUGGGGCAGCGCAAGGAGGAGGCCCCUACCAGGGCUGGGGGGGAGGCAGAUGGACAGGAAGAGGAUGAGGAGGAAGAGGAGGAAGAGGAGACGAGUGGAGUCCUGACCAUCUCUGAGUUGGUGUACAACCCCUGUGCCAGCAUGCUGCCCACGCCGGUGGACGACGGCCAGGGAGGGGUUGACCUGCUGUUCCAGAGCCCCAUCCAGAGCCCUGCUCGCCUGCUGAGAGAGCUACAUGCUGACCCUGACAUCCAGGCCCAGCUGGUGGCCGAGAGGGUGCGUGACCGUGCCUUCGAGCGUGCACGUGUGGUGGGGAGGAGCAUGCUAGGUAGCGGGCUUCGCCUCCUGACGAGGAAUGAGCGGGUGAACACGUGGGUGCUGAGCGCGGUCCGCCUCAUCGCCAUGGUGGUAGGGGUGCUGCUGGUUACCGUACCGAUGAUGCUGCUGCUGCUGGAGUCGGACAUAGACGUGUCGUUUUUGCACGAGAUCAGGCAGACACCGGAGUUUGAGCAGUUCCACUACGAGUACUACUGCCCGCUGCGCCGCUGGAUCCUCUGUAAGAUCAGCAUGGCCAUGGAGAGGCUGGGAUGGGACUGAAGAGGAGAGGAGACACACGAGUGGAAAGAGAAAUGGAGGAGUAGGAAGAGAAGGGAAGUUGAGGGAGGGUUGCUUUCACUCUGUACCAUGUUUCUGUCUGCUCGCUCCUGAUGCUGACAAGCUGAUGGGUAUUGGUUGUGAUUGGACAGUGAUUUUCUAGUAGGUACAAGAAAAAUAUGUCUCUGGAGCUCAUUUGAUUGACUCUUCUCUUCAUAACAGAGUCAGUGAUUGAUCCCAGACACUGUCAGUAAUGGCGGAGUGGGCUGGAUAGAGAGAGAACAUAGAUCUGAGAGCAACCCUGUAUCACUGGCAACAUAACAGCUACAGCCUAUAGAUAGAUACACUACAUGACCAAAAGUAUGUGGACACCUGCUUGUCGAACAUUUCAUUCCAAAAUUAUGGGCAUUAAUAUGGAGUUGGUCCCCCCUUUGCUGCUAUAACAGUCUCCACUCUUCUGGGAAGGCUUUCCACUAGAUGUUGGAACAUUGCUGCGGGGACUUGCUUCUAUUCAGCCACAAGCACAUUAGUGAGGUCGGGCACUGAUGUUGGGCAAUUAGGCCUGGCUCACAGUCGGCAUACCAAUUCAUCCCAAAGGUGUUAGAUGGGGUUGAGGUCAGGGCUCUGUGCAGGCCAGUCAAGUUCUUCCCCACUGAUCUUGACAAACCAUUUCUGUAUGGACUUCGCUUCGUGCAUGGGGGCAUUGUCAUGCUGAAACAGGAAAGGGCCUUCCCAAAACUGUUGCCACAAAGUUGGAAGCACAGAAUCUUCUAGAAUGUCAUUGUAGGCUGUAGCAUUAAGAUUUCCCUUCACUUGAACUAAGGGGCCUAGUCCUGACCAUGAAAAACAUCCCCAGAUCAUUAUUCCUCCUCCACCAAACUUUACAGUUGGCACUAUGCAUUGGGUCAGGUAGCGUUCUCCUGGGAUCCGCCAAACCCAGAUUCGUCCGUCAGACUGCCAGAUGGUGAAGAUUGAUUCAUCACUCCAGAGUCGAAUGGCGGCAAGCUUUACACCACUCCAGCCGACGCUUGGCAUUGUGCAUGGGGAUCUUAGGCUUGUCUAUGGAUGGAAACCUAUUUCAUGAAGCUCCCGACAAACAGUUCUUGUGCUGACGUUGCUUCCAGAGGCAGUUUGGAACUCGGUAGUGAGCACUCGGUGGUCCUGUUCUGUGAGCUUGUGUGGACUACCACUUCGCGGCUGAGCCAUUGUUGCUCCUAGACGUUUCCACUUCACAAUAGCAGCACUUACAGUUGACCAGGGCAGCUCUAGCAGGGCAGAAAUUUGAAGAACUGACUUGUUGGAAAGGUGGCAUCUUAUGACAGUGCCACGUUGAAGGCCACUGAGCUCUUCAGUAAGGCCGUUCUACUGCCAAUGUUUGUCAAUGGAGAUUGCAUGGCUGUGUGCUCGAUUGUAUACACCUGACAGCAACAGGUGUGGCUGAAAUAGCCCAAUCCACUCAUUUGAAGGGGUGUCCACAUACUUUUGUAUAUAUAGUGUAUAUAUGUAUAUUUACAACAAAAAAAUGAAUAUUGAUCAAAAUAAAUCUUUAAAGUUCUUUUUAAUGUUUUGUAAAAAAUAAAUGUGAUGCAAAGUAUUUCAGGAAUUUUUCAGUCAGAGGAUCUACUUACAAGUUUAUUGAAGCUAUGGGUUGGGGGUCAAAGUCAACUAUUUUUAAAGACUACUGUCACUCGACUUGACUGGUAGCACCGUGGGUUUUACUACAAAGAUAUAGCACAAUCUUUUACAACACAGAUGAACUGUUUCAGAUUCUCUGAUGUCAUUGGAGUCAGGUGGCACAGGUUUGGUUAACUGUCUGUUUGUGUUGAACUAAAUGUGAUAUUAUUGAAGGUUUCAGUCAGUCUCCUGGCAAGUGGAUUUGAGAGUUUUAACAAAAGUUGUAAUAUGUGAUGUUAGCAACAGUAGAAUACAGUGCCUUUCGGAAAGUAUUAAGACCCCUUGACUUAUUCCACAUUUUGUUAGGUUACAGCCUUAUUCUAAAAUUGAUUAAAUCGUUUUUUUCCCUCAUCAAUCUGCAUACCAUGCCCAAUAAUGACAAAGCAAAAACAGUUUUUUAGAAAUUGUUAAUUGUUAAAGUUGUUAAUUUAUUAAAAAUAAAGAACAGAAAUAUCACAUUUACAUGAUUAUUCAGACCGUUUAGUCAGUACUUUGUUGAAGUACCUUUGGCAGCGAUUACAGCCUCGAUUCUUCUUGGGAAUGACGCUAUACCUGUAUUUGGGGAGUUUCUCCAAAUCUUCUCUGCAGAUCUUCUCAAGCCCCGUCAGGUUGGAUGGGGAGAGUUGCUGCACAGCUAUUUUCAGGUCUCUCCAAAGAUGUUCGAUCGGGUUCAAGUCCGGGCUCUGGCUGGGCCACUCAAGGACAUUCAGAGACUUGUCCCGAAGCCCCUCCUGCGUUGUCUUGGCUGUGUGCUUAGGGUUGUUGUCCUGUUCGAAGGUGAACCUUCGCCCAGUCUGAGGUCCUGAGCGCUCUGAAGCAGGUUUUCAUCAAGGAUCUCUCUGUACUUUGCUCCAUUCAUCUUUCUCUCAAUCCUGACCAGUCUCCCAGUCCCUGCCGCUGAAAAACAUCCCCACAGCAUGAAGCUGCCUCCACCGUGCUUUACCGUAGUGAUGGUGCCAGGUUUCCUCCAGAUGUGACACUUGGCAUUCAGGCCAAAGAGUUAAAUCUCGGUCUUUAGGUGCCUUUUGGCAAACUCCAAGCGGGCUGUCAUGUGUGUUUUACUAAGGAGUGGCUUCCGUCUGGCCACUCUACCAUAAAGGCCUGAUUGAUAGAGUGCUGCAGAGAUGGUUGUCCUUCUGUAAGGUUCUCCCAUCUCCACAGAGGAACUCUAAAACUCUGUCAGAGUGACCAUUGGGCUCAUGGUAACCUCCCUGACCAAGGCCCUUCUACCCCGAUUGCUCAGUUUGGCCUGGCAGCCAACUCUAGGAAGAGUCUUGGUGGUUCCAAACGUCUUCUAUUUAAGAAUGAUGAAGGCCACUGUGUUGUUGCGGACCUUCAAUGCUGCAGAAUUUUUGGGGGUAUUCUUCCCCAGAUCUGAGAUCAAUUCCUUCGAUCUCAUGGCUUGGUUUUUGCUCUAACAUGCACUGUCAACUGUGGGACCUUAAAUAGACAGGAGUGUGCCUUUCCACAUCAUGUCCAAUCAAUUAAAUUUACCACAGGUGGACUCCCAUCAAGUUGUAGAAACAUCUCAAGGAUGAUCAAUGGAAACAGGAUGCACCUGAGCUCAAUUUCGAGUCUCAUAGCAAAGGGUAUGAAUACUUAUGUAAAUAAGGUAUUUCUGGUUUUUAUUUUUGUUAAAUUUGCAAACAUUUCUAAAAACUGUUUUCACUUUGUCAUUAUGGGGUAUUGUGUGUAGAUUGCUGAGGAUUUUUAUUUAUUUAAUCCAUUUUAGAAUAAGGCUGUAACGUAACAAAAGGUGGAAAAAGGCAAGGGGUCUGAAAACUUUCCGAAGGCACUGUAUAUCUAAUGGUCAGUCGGAACUGAAAUGCCAGGCUGUAUAAAAAAGGAAAGUCAUUCAUGGCUGUUAUUUUAUGAUUGUAGUGGUUGACCAAUAAGAUGAUGCAUUAGUAAGAUAUUGGGGAAGUAUCGUGGCAGAUGAUUGGUAAGUGAUGGCUUGAAUGGGAGGGCCGUACAGCUGUCAGUCUAAUAUCUACUUAUUACAGUAAUAUUGAGAGAAACAGCUGUUUGUUUGGGAAAAACAUGUUCAGAUUAAUUGGUUGUGAGUGAAAGAUAAUAAAGGAUGAUUACAUGAACAGAAUUCUGAUCAGCCGAAAUAGCAAAAUACACUUAAUGGACAGUUUAUUAGGUAUACCCAUCUAGCCCCCAGAACAGCCUGAAUUCUUCAGAGCAUAGAAAUGUUUCUCAAUUGAUAUCAAGGGACCUAACGUGUGCCAUCAAAACAUUCCCCACACCAUCACACCACCGCCACCAGCCUGUACCGUUAACACCAGGCAGGAUGGGGCAAUGGACUCAUGCUGCUUAAGCUGAAUCCUGACUCUGCCAUCAGCAUGAUGCAACAGAAACUGUGAUUCGUCGGACAAGGCAAUGUUUUCAUUGCCUAUUUCAUCACUUAGGGCACUGGUUUUGCCCAUUCUAACAUUCAAUGGAACAGUAACUGAAUGCCUCCCUGCCUGUCUGCCUGCCUGCUUUAUACAGCAAGACACGGCCACCUGACUCACUAUCUGUAGGAGCGAAUCAUUUUCGUGAACGGGGUGAACCUAAUAAACUGGCCACUGAGUGUAUAUCAAUUUGGACCGUAUUCUCAGGAAAGGACAUACGCACGUUGAAUUAUGUCUCUGUGUGUGCAAACACAAUAUGAUCUAAACAAACACCACAUUGAAACACACAACUUACUUUAUAGUCGUAAACAUUUUGUGAAUAUAAAAUAUCCUUUAAUUAACCCUAUCAUUAUAUCUCAACAGGUUUGUAGCCAUAAAUGUCAGUUAAAUUCUGUAUCUUUAUUCUCUAACACACAGGCACUGACUCAUUGUCACAGCUCAAUCUUCUGGUCCCAAUUUACAAGUACUCUAAUGACCCACAAUGUAUUUAACUCGUCUGUAGUACUAUAGGAUGACCACAGAAAUCACUCUCAUUACCCCUAUUCUAUUAGCCACAGUGUAAUCAUCAAAUGUGUUUUCAUGUUAAUAAACGAUAACGUUAUGCGUAACCAGCUUUAAACAGUGGGCUGAACCAAGGAGAUGUUCUCUCACUGCACUGACUUCAAAACAUACUCGUCUGCUUUUUCUCAGAGACAUUACACCCCCCCCCCCCCCCCCCCCCCACACACACACACACACACACACACACACACAAGUAUUACACAAUGUAUAGGCCUAAUGUAUACACAUGUACAAAAAGACAUGCCCUAGCGUCAGUACUUUGUUAAUAGGCCACACCCUUUAGUGGGCCUGACCUCACUCAUGCCGUGGAUGAGCUCUGAACUGCAGACUGCAUGCCUUCGUCUGUAAAUACUGUUAUAUAGAGAAAAGCCAAUCGUGGUGCAGAACUUUCUUUCUUGGUGUCUUUCCCUUGUAAGCGACCCAUGUGUAGGUUACCUUCCAGCUUAGAUGCAUGCACGACAUCCAUAUUUUAGCAAGGACAGUGGGUAGUGCACAGAAUAACCUCGAGUGGCGUUGUGCAAGGUGUAGGGGGUUUUCAGUUCAGCGUUCGUUAUUCUGAAAGCCACUAGAAGCCAAUUGUACGGCUGAAAUUUUUGGGGCAUUAAAAGAAGUCAAUCAGAUGGCAAGAAAUUAAAUGAUAUAAUGAUGGUCAGAUGAAAUGCAUAAUGAAACCAGUGAUCAUGUAGAACCAUAAACCAGUUUAGCAGAUUCAUUUGAUUUAAAUCCAGCACGUUUGAUACUGCAUUUCACAACAUGGGGACUAUUGUCCAUUUGGAAUUGUGUCUCAAGUAGAAUAGGUUGCUUUUAUGUGUCUGUGACCAUAAACAUAGCUAGAUGUCUAACACCUGACCUUAUUGCUAACAGAUGUCACUGAUGAUGUUAGCAUGGACACACACAUCAUGUUAUCCAUAUCAUAACAUAACAAGUCGGCCUAUGACGAAGGCCGUGGUAUUCUGUGGACGAUAAAGUUCUAAAGCCCAAUAACACCGUAGCAUUAUCCUUUGUAUUAUCUAUUUCUCAGCCUUUCUAUAAUGUUUUCUUAGCAGGGAAACUGCCCACAAUGAAGCUCUUUUAUUUGAGCUACAGAACAUGUUUAGUUUGUUUUUAAUGUUUUUCAAUCAGUGUUUUAGGACUAAGAGUUGAAAGUACCAUGCUAGUGAUAAAGCUAUGUCAUCACAAGUUGAAAGACUGAAAUGCAAUUUAUACACUGCUGAUUUGGCCAUCAAGACUGCUCGGCACAAAUACUGUGAUUAAAAAACAACAUGCAAUCACAUGAGAUGAUGUCAUACGUACCACCCACUUUCUCUUUAAGUGAUCUGAUUUAAAAAAUGCAAAAUAGAUGAAGAUCGUCCAGGUGUAUGACACGUAUAUGCAAACCUGUAAGACAUCACAUGGUACAGAUGGAAGGAGAUGUUCUUUCAUAGAUUAUUUCGAUGUUAAAUGGGCAUGUAACGUGUUUUGCACGGAUAGCAGCGUUACCCUCCGUAGCUGUUUGUUGUUAUCAGUUCGUAGGACUUGUUUUUGUUAUUCGGUCUCUUUUAAAACAACUCUGGGAGUAAUUGAAAAAAAGAGCAAGUUUUCAGUUGUUUUACCACUGCUGGAACACAAAGCCUUAUGAACUUUGUAAAGUGAAUUUUGAAUGUUUGUAUGUUCAAAGAAAAACAUGGUUGUUUUAUAUGUUAAUACUGCCACAAUAAAGCCCCCAAAUGAAUAUAUAUUGAAA